UUUCACAGCAGGGUGUGGAUCACGUACAGACGCGGGUUCCCGCAGAUCGGAGGCGGCACGUACACGACGGACGCGGGGUGGGGUUGCACCCUGCGCAGCGGCCAGAUGCUCCUCGCAAACGCGCUCCAGUCGCACUUUUUCGACGGUGUCUCGCGGACUUAUGUGGACUUGCCCGGCGCGCCGUUUAGCUCCGCCGCCGGGUGUCAACCGACGGACAACGCGUGGGCGCCGCUGGUCAUCCUGGUCCCGCUGGUGCUGGGUCUGGACCGGUGCGUCAACCCGCGGUACGUGCCGGGUAUCGUUCGCAUGCUGGGUUUGCCCCAGUCCGUCGGCAUCCUCGGCGGGAAACCGUGCGCGUCGCUCUAUUUCGUUGGUGCGCAGGACGAGGAGCUCUUCUACUUGGACCCCCACACGGUGCAGUUGGCGGUGCCUCUGGAACAGAUAUGGGGCUGCGCUCAGACCGGUUCCCCGGAGAGCGGACCGUUCCCCACGGAGACGUACCACUGCCGGUCGGUGCUUCACAUGAACGCGAGGGAGCUGGAUCCGAGCAUGGUGCUUGGUUUUUACUGCAGAACCCGCGCCGACUUUGA